AUGUCCCUCCAUUUGUCGUUUCCUUUCCUGCUCGCCUGCGCGUUCCCCAUCAUUUUGGCGGCGCCAUCAUCAUCAGCCUAUCUACAAAACAAUAUCCCAACUCAAUUGCCAACAGGCAAUACCAAUCCCGAACAUUUAAUUGUUAUUCCCGAUUCGGAGGGAAAUACCGAUGGCAAUCCAGAGACAGGCCGACUAUUCUCUCGCAACCAUGAGCCACAAGAACCCGUGAUAUAUGGAAAAGACGACAGCGAACGACAAAUAGCAAUGUGCGAAGCCGGAUUUGUGCGUUCUUGUUAUGCUGCAGUGGAAGCAGGAAACUCAGAUACCAGUCCGUUCACGACUGAUAAUCUCGACACAGACUCGCCCUCUCCUCUACCUUCCGCUGGCUUCGUUGUUGCUACUUUCGCUGCCUUUUGUAUUCUGGCUAUGAUCCGCAAAUCUUUAGGGCGGAGAAGUGCUACUUCUCAGCAGGAUGAAAAGAAGUAG